AGUUUAUCCUGGGUAAGUACUCAUUAUUCAUAUUAAUACCUGCUUCUGGCCACGGUUAUCGAUCAUCUGGCAAGAAGCUGUAGUUGUAUUGCAAACGCACACAGCUGAUGCUGAUGCAUUCCGAAAGUAUUCACAUGGCUAAUGGAGUGCAUCUCCACACGUGUCUGUCUUUCCAUCAUUUCCCUCGCUUCCUGCAAGACUACAGGUCUCCCUCAGGAGCCAUUAGACAUUCUACUUCUCCAUCUACAGAGCUGACAAGAGAUCCCUUUGGACUUCUCCAGCCCACCAGAGAAGGGGAGGGGACAUUCACUCUGAAGAUUUAAGAAGGUACCCCCAAACCUUUAGGAGAUCUUGUGACACAUUAUUCCAAGAAACAAAGACUGAAGAUCGGCUACUUCAGUAGGUAUGAAGGGACUGCGUAAACUGACAGCAUCUGCAAUGGCACUGUUCCUUGCAGUGUCCUUCCUAUCUUUGUCCUGGAGUGCUCCCCAGGCUCAUUUCCAAAGGAGAAACUGGACUCCUCAGGCUAUGCUCUAUCUGAAGGGUGCACAGGGACGUCGAUUCAUCUCAGAUGAGAGCCAGCGAAAGGAUCUGUAUGGCAGAAUGCAGCUUGAAACACGCAGCCAAAACACAAAUCCUUUAUCUCUUUCUGAAGCUUCAGCACUGUUCCUUAGUUCCUUACGGAAAGCCCAAGAAGUGGAAGAAGAAAACAGUGAUCACCCUGGCUACCUGAUGGAUAAUCUAUCAAAGUGGUGAAAUACUUGAAAUUUCUUUAACAUUUGUAUUCCAUCUACCCUGAAACCAUGAUCUGUGUAAACAGUGCUUCAACUCCACUUAAGUUCCAAAAAGUUGACAUAUAUAUUCAUUGCAAUAUUUUGAUUUCAAACUAAUUAAAAUCUGCCAGUUCAGCCAAAGAAAUUAUUUGUAAAGUUCCUGUCUUGUUUAGGUAAUUUUGUCUGCCUCAUCCAAAAUUUAAAACCCACUGUACCAUCUUAGCUGAAAGGAUGAAUGAAUUGUCCUUUCCAUCAAUUACUUCAUUAAUGUCAAUUUUUCAAUAGUCAUAGGAUAACCUUUUACCACCUUCCACCCAGCUAUAUAUUAGAGCCUUUUUAUUGAUGAUAAAAGUAGGUUCCUUUACCACUUCACUGCUGGCCCUGUAAGUCAGCACAGGAUCAGGGCACCAAGUAAUGACUGUGGCAUACAGACACUUCUGUUGUCAGGAGUCGUGGUUCUGCUGGAGCUGGUGGGGGCUCACUAGUUACAUAUCUAGUGUCAAACAUCGUAACCGGCAAAUUAUUAAUCGCAUCAUCAUCGUACCACUUUGUCAGCCUCUUUUUAACAUUUUGAAACUGAAAUUAUACAUAAAUUGGGUAAUUACCAUUCCAUGCUGAUAAGGAUGUAUGGAACAUUAUCUACGUAGCACUGGGGUCUUACUGGUAAGCCCUCUGUAGUUCUCAUGUAAUUGAAAGUCACUACACGAUCCUUGCGCCCAAGCAAUUACAUUUUAUUUUUUCAAUCUUUACUCUUGGUCAUGCACUUUAUCUUUUAAACACUGCUUUCCACUGAUCUUUUCCAUGACAUUGAUAAUGAAUUUUAUUAUACACACUAGCUAUAAGGUUGUUUCUCCUCAACAUAAAGAAAUGCAUCUGAAGGAACAGAGGAAUUAAUUUCUAUCACGGGGCCAUAGGCAUUUGCUGUAGUUGUUUACAGUUUAUAUCGCUGCAUUGAGGAAUAUAACAAGAGAAAUCAAAAUCUCCUUGUCUGCUUAUUUUCAAACACUGAUGUACCUAUCAGUAGCAGUGUACGCCACGUGACAGAAUGCAUUCAUCAUGUACUUCAUCUAAAGGCCACCAGAAUCUUUUCAUUCAUUUAAUUACUGCUUAUUUCGAACAUACUCUGAAUAUCUCAAGUGCAUCUAAAGUAAUGAUCAGUACAAGUGCUAAAACAAAAAAGUACAAAUGUGCCUCUUAUGAGUAACAUGAAAUUAACCUAUCCCUAAAUUCCUACAAAAAGGAAAAGCUAUUUUUAUAUUUAUAUAUAAAUUCCUACAAAAGCUACUCCAAUCACAUUCUCCAUAGACUGAUUUUUGUAUACCUUCCUAUAGAUCUAAGCUCACUAGUUCUAGUUCAAACAGUUCUUUUCAGGUAUCAUGAAAUAAAUAAAACCAAAGUUCUGCCUUGAGAGGGAGCUGUCUUUGAAACUAUGUUUUUUUCAAUAUGGCAGAAAUAUUUCACCAUAUUUAAACUGCCUUGCUGCUGACAGUUGAUCCUAAGAUAAAAGGCAGAACAACAACCAGCUUAAAAGCAUGAGAGAGGUCACUUUGGCUCCUGCAGGAGCAUUUCUGAGAAGGAUGGGCAGAGUAUUUGGUUAAGCUGUAUCUCAGAAUUUGUGCACUUACUGUCACUUGACAUGCGUCCACAGCACGAUCAUGCUGAAACAAACACAUGGUAUCAUUUUUCAGUGAUC